AUGCCUUCCACUCAACCGACACAAAAGAGAAAAAGAGCCUGUGAUUCGUGUCACAAGCGAAAGAUCCAAUGUGACAGCGCCGAUGUGCCUUCUUCCAACUGCAAUUGGUGCCAUCACCAUGGCAUGACGUGCACCUUCAAUCGUGUGGUCGGACGGAAAACGUGGGCUCGGAAUAGGAACGGGAGCGGCGGAAGCACCACCACAGCCGGCAAUCCAAACUCUGCCUCAGUCGGCGGCCCCUCCCCCUCAUCGGCUGUCGUCGACGUCACUGUCGGCCCCUCUGACCCCGAUCUCCGUCCCCCUAAUGCAAGCCAAUCUCAACCGCCGCAACUGUACCAACAGCAGCCGCCUCCGUCACCACUCCCACUCCCACCACAGCAACAGCAACAACCACUGCCACCCCUGGCCGCCCAUCUUGGCAUCUCAAUACAAUCAAACUCCGAUCUUGGGGAUCCUCAACACCGUCAUUCAUCUCUCUCCGGAUCGAUCGACGACAGCAUCUAUGCUCAACACCUGGACCCUUACAACCAUCCACACUCACCCUCAUCCUCUGUUGCCUCAACGCCAUCAGGAGCAUCAACAUCUGGCUUUGGUGCCCCUACUCGACCUGCUUCCCGAUCUGGAGCUAGCAAUUAUCACGCCUUUCCAUUUUCGGUUCACAACUCGGAAUCAUUCCAUCCAAGUCCCCUGUCCCGCACACAUUCCCCUCACGGGAGUGUCUCUUCAGUGCAAACACACCACACAAGCCAUACCCCUGCCCAGUAUCAACAACAACAUUAUCAAAAACAACAUCACCAAGAACCAGAACAAGUCCACCCCGUCUACUCCCACUUCCCCGUCGCCAACCCGAACCUCAUCCCCAACUCAGGCCACAGCUCUUACUUCGGUAAGCUUCAUUUCGCCGGCUACCACCUAGGAGAGAUCUCCUCCUACAACGGCAUCCCCUUCUUCUCCGAAGACGGCCAAGCAUGGAUCCGUUCUCGCACCGGACAAGAAGCCUCCUUCCCAGCGAUAUGGGGUGACGUUCCCCCUUGGCAGACGCGACCCAGCCUUGAUUCUGUAUUUUUGUGCAAGGUGGCUCAGCAGCCAGUUGGCCAGCUGGAGUUGCCGGAACGUAAAGUCGUCGAGCAAUACGUCUCCUUUUUCAUCGCGUCCGAGUUCAGGCUGGCGUUCCCGCUGGUUGAUCCGGUGCUGUUUAAUGAAACACUGGAUGUGGCUUAUGGACACGAUGGGGAGCAUGGUGAGAUGAAUGGGUUGAGUUUUGAGCAGAUCACUGCCAAGGCAUGUGUGUUUGCGUUCUUGUCGGUAAUUUCUCUGCUGGAAGCCGAGAGGACGGAGAGGUUCCCGGAUAUCCCAAACAUUGAUACCGAUAUGAUGGCUGCUAAGGCGCAGAUGCUUUUGCCGCUAACUAUCCAAGCGUUGGACAUCACGAGUCUACAAACGUCGUUCAUGCUGUGUCUCUACCAGCUCUUUCUGGGACAAGUCCAGUCGUCGGCUAUGCUCCUCGCGUUUGCCUGUCGGAUCAUGUUCAUGUUGGGAGGGCAUAAGCUCUCAAACGCUUCGUGGUUACCAACACCUGAAUCUCGAUCUGGCAGCGGCACAGCUACCCCAGCUUCAGCACCAGUCGACAUCGCAGACCGCAAACGCCGUCACCUCCGCAAACUCUUCUGGCUCUGCUACAGCGUCGACACCGACAUCUCCCUCCGAACAGGCCAACCCCCUUCCAUAGACAAUGACCACUGCGACCUUUCUUUACCACCAGGCUACAUUGACAUCCAGUACCUUGACCGUCAAGAAAUCGAAUCUCUCAAAGAACGACAAAUCUACCCCUUUCAUAACCCAUCCGCGUCAUCCCAUAGUACUAAUAAGAACUCCCCAUAUUCCUCCCAAGGCGCAACACCAACCUACCCAUCCAACAUGAACCUCCACUCCGGUACUCCCAUCCCCACAACCAUGCCAUCAGCAGCAGCAGCCCGAGGACAUGGACACGGACACGGAAUCCAACACCAUCCCUACUCCGGCCAACCCUACCUCCAACUCGACGAAACCUCCAUCCCCGUAUUGCCAGGGGACCUCCGUCUAACUCUGAUCAAAUCCAAAACCUGCAAACUUCUUUACUCCGCCUCGGCCCUGCGCAAGUCCGAUGCUGAGCUGCUACGGGAUAUCAGAGAACUAGAUGAUGAGCUGGAACGGUGGAGGAUGUCGGUGCCAGAACGGUUUCGGCCUGCGCUUUCGCUUCCUAGGGGUUCAAAUUCUCCAUCGCGGGGACGACAGGGAAGUGAAAGGUGGAGCGAGGGGAAUGGUCAGCAGCAGGAGGUGGCUUAUUGUCAGGGCCAUGGGCAUGCUGGCCAAGGGGAUGGACGAGAGCGGGAGCAGGGCACAUCGUACAAGCCAUGUGGCAGAUGUCUGUACUGCCUAGGUGCCCAUACCAGGUCCACCGCCUCCGCCUCCGGACAACAACAAAGACCAACGGGACACGGCGGAAAGUUCUACGACGCUGGCAUGUCUGCCGAAAGCGUUCGCACCAUCCUCAUCAACCUGCAGUAUCACCACCUCGUGGCAACCAUCCAUCAGGCGACUGGCCGCUGUAGAGCCUGGCAGAGCCGGAGCGCGGCGAGGAUGAGUGGCUGUAGGGUGUUGGAGGAUGUGGAGAACGCGUCGAGGCCGGGGGAGGUGUUGAUGGAGGGCGUCAGUUCCAGCCUGGCACUGUCGGUGGAGGCCAGUCGGUCGACACUCAUCUACCUACGCUCUGUUACGCGCGCUUUGCUGGGAGAAGCAUUCUGGGUAAUCAUCCUCUACCCAAUGUCAGCAGUAAUGACCAUCUUCUGCUCCAUCCUUCUCAACCCCCUCGGCCCACAAGCCGAAGACGAUUUACGGUUACUCGAGUCCGCACCGGACUUGAUAAAAGGGAUACGUAUCCGUCGACCGACGCAGACGGAGCUGUUGCAUUUGAAGACGGUAGAUGAGUUCAUGGGAGAGUUGAUGAGGCUUGGUGGGUGUGCCAUCAGGAGGGCAAAGGAGGAGAAGAGGGAGAGAGAGUUGAGGGAACAAAGGGCUAUGGGAGGUGCAGAUGGAGGUGGAGGUGGAAGUGGAGGCUAUAGGUUGCCGGAGUUGAGUGAAGAGAGUGCGAGGCAGGCGGGAUGA